AGCCCCCGAGAUACACACGAGACAGACACGAGCCGGAGCCGCAGCCGGAGCCGGAGGCGGCGGGGCCCGGGCGGAAAGGCACCAUGAUCUCCCAGCUCUUCAUCUUGUCCUCCAAGGGUGACCCACUGAUCUACAAAGACUUCCGUGGGGAUGGCGGCGGCGGCGGCGGCAGCGAGGUGGCUGAGGUUUUCUACAGAAAGGUGACCGGGUUGCCUGGAGACCAGGCCCCUGUUGCCAUGCAUCACGACGGCCGCCACUUCGUCCACAUCCGGCACGGCGGCCUCUUCCUGGUGGCCACCACCCCACGUGGAACCUCUCCCUUCAGCCUCCUGGAGUUUCUGUCACGGCUGGCCACGCUGCUGCAGGAUUACUGCGGCUCGCUCAGCGAGGACACCGUGACCCUCAACGUCGCCCUGGUCUACGAACUGCUGGACGAGGUGUUGGAUUACGGCUACGUCCAGACCACGGCCACGGAGAUGCUGAAGAACUUCAUCGAGGCGGAGGCCGUGGUCAGCAAGCCCUUCAGCCUCUUCGACCUCAGCAGCGUCGGCCUGUUCGGGGCCGAGACGCAGCAGAGCAAAGUGGCCCCCAGCAGCGCUGCCAGUCGCCCCGUCCUGACGGGCCGCUCCGACCAGGGACACCGAAACGAGGUCUUCCUGGACGUGGUGGAAAGGCUGUCCGUGCUCAUCGCCGCCAACGGCUCCGUGCUGAAGGUGGACGUCCAGGGAGAGAUCCGUCUGAAGAGCUUCCUCCCCAGCUGCUCAGAGAUGCGGAUCGGGCUGACGGAGGAGUUCUGCGUGGGCAAGUCCGAGCUGAGGGGGUACGGGCCGGGCGUCCGCGUGGACGAGGUGUCCUUCCACGACUCCGUACGCCUAGACGAGUUCGAGUCGCACCGCAUCCUGCGCCUGCAGCCGCCCCAGGGCGAGCUGACUCUGAUGCGCUACCAGCUCUGCGACGACCUCCCGUCUCCCCUCCCCUUCCGCCUCUUUCCCUCCGUCACCUGGGACCGCGGGCCGGGCAGGCUGCAGGUCUACCUGAAGUUGCGGUGUGACUUGGCACCAAAAGGCCAAGCCCUGAACGUCCGUCUCCACCUGCCGCUUCCGCGUGGCGUCGUCAGCCUGUCCCAGGAGCUGAGCAGCCCGGAGCAGCGGGCGGAGCUGGAGGGAGGCGCCCUGCGCUGGGACCUGCCCCGCGUCCAGGGAGGGUCGCAGCUGUGCGGCCUCUUUCGGAUGGAGGUCCCCGGCCCCCCGCGUCCGGCGGCCCCUCCCCUGGGCCUGGGCCCCGCCAGCCUGUCCUUCGAGCUGCCCCGCCACACGUGCUCCGGGCUCCAGGUGCGGUUUCUGCGGAUCCUGGCCCCGGGGCCCCCCGGCUCGGCCCCGCCCCACCGCUGGGUUCGCCACCUCAGCCACAGCGACGCCUACGUCAUCCGCGUCUGACGCCCCUGCCCCCGGGGGAGGCGGAGGGUCCGGUGCCCCGGUGGGGGACCGGACCACCGCCACCCUCGGGAGGGGAUGGGGCGUCGAUGGGCCCCCAAUAAAGCUCCCACUUCCAAA